AUGAGAGACAGGUCAUCCAAACUGUCCUCAGACUUCCUCUACAGAGGUUUCAGUUCAGAAGUCACUGCACCUAUCCACAAAGCAUGGGGCAGGCUGGCCAACAGGAAGGAGGACGACAGCUCUGCUGGAUGGACUCUGAGGAGAAACACGAGCAAAAAGCAGAGGACUCAGUGUGGAGAUGGGUGGGGAAAACCAGCUGGUUCUUCCUGUAACAUCAGCUACAUUGAUCCAUUGGAAAGUGGAGUUUACUGGUGUGAGUCCAGAGAGGGUGCCAUCAGUAACAUGGUUAACCUCACAGUCUCUGGUGGAUCAGUGAUCCUGCAGAGUCCUGUCCUCCCUGUGAUGGAGGGAGAUGACGUCACUCUGCUCUGUCAAACAAAGACCACUCCCUCCAACCUCCCAGCUGCUUUCUAUAAAGAUGGCUCCCUCAUCAGGAAGCAGCCUACAGGUCACAUGACCAUCCAGCAUGUUUCCAGGUCUGAUGAAGGCCUCUACAAGUGUGACAUCAGCGGUCAUGGAGAGUCUCCAUCCAGCUGGAUCUCUGUCACAGAAAACAGCCAACAUGCCUCCAUGAUAAGUAUGCAUCCAGGCCAGGGUGAGCAGGGAUUUGAUGAUUACUAUGAUGAUGUCACCACAGAGCAUCACAUCUGA